UUUUUUUUUUUAAAUCAUAUUAUAUUCGAGGAAGAUAAGAUAUGAGGAGUAACAUGCGACCAGCAUGACAUGUAUUUCUCCCCUCUAUCCUAAACAUUCGACCUUUCUAAACACCAUAUGCUUUAUCCAAGUAUAUAUUGAACGGGUGAGUCUUAGAUAUACUGUUUAUUCAUGCAAGCAUGUCAUAGUCUGCUUAUGAUCCUGCGUAUCUGAGUACCAUUGGCAAACCAGGAACGAAGCAAAUUGGAUGUCAUUUCAUUCUAACUGGUUAGAAACUAUUCCACGCCAGCCUCUGAGAUUAUUUAUAAAAGAUUCUCACUCUGUCCCUCUACUAAUCUAAGAUCUUCACUUUCGAUUUUUCGUUUUCUCACAUAUUGAGAGAAAGGCAAGAGGUGACCUCAUGGCAACUUUGAUCUCCGGAGCUGUGCUUAGUGGAUUGGGUUCAACGUUCUUGAUCGGCAGGAGAAGCGGCGCUGGCCGUGGAGAGGUGAGAUUUGGCUGGAAGAAUGUGAUCAUUGCACCUCAGCGCAAGAAGUCAUGGGUCAUGGCAGCCGUGAAAGGCGAUGAUGGCAACUCAAAGCUAGAUCCAAAAUGGCUCGAUGAUGCCUCAGAGAAAGCUUCCGAGUACGUGAAGGAGAAAGGAAGCGAAGUUGGCCACUUGACUGCACAUGAAGGACAAGAGGUUUUAGAUCACAUACAGAGAGCAAAACACUACUUUAUGGAGAAAGCUGGUGUAGCCAUGGACAUGCUGACUGAAAAUGCUCAUAUAGCUUCAGAUUUUGUGGCGGAAAAAGCCAAUGUGAUGGAGGAAGAAGCUGUUUCAAUUACAGAGAAAGCCAGAGAUUUCGUAGUCGAAAAAACAGGUGAAGCUAAAGAUUUCAUUGUCGAAAAAGCUGGUGACGCCAAAGAGUUGGCGACGGAUAUGAGCAAAAGAACGGCUAUAUACGUUGGAGAGAAAGCUGCUGAGGCAAAAGAAGCCAUAUUACCUCCAAAAACUGAAGAAUAGAUUGUAUUUGUUUGGAUCCCUAACGUCUAAACAAAUACAAGAUGUUGAUAUACAAAACAUAAUUUUUAUCACGUAAGAAUAAAAAAACCGUUUAAUCAGUGGUUUAUCUUUUCAGUGAAAAUUUGAAUUCGAAUAUAUAUAUUUGCAAAAUAAGCCAUACACAGUUAUGUUGGUCGUUCCCGGUUCUCAGAUGUACAUUGGGAACCUAUACAUAUAAAUAAAUUUGAGGCAGUUGUUAUAAAUCA